CCCUCCGCGGCGAUUAUGGCGGCUUCGGGUCCGGCGGGGAGGCCGCGGGGGCGGCCGGCGGCCUCGGUGGGGCAAGAGGAGCUGCGGCGGCUGAUGCGGGCGAAGCAGCGCGAGGCGGCGGCCGGGAAGAAGAAGAGAGUCGACUCUCCGUUCGCCAGAUAUAACAAUUUGGGAAACUUAAGCUGCUCUCUGUGCAACAUGCCUGUGAAGAGUGAACUGUUGUGGCAAACACAUGUGCUUGGGAAGCAGCACAAAGAGAAAGUUGAGCAGUUAAGAAAUCUUAAACAAUCAGUACCAGGUCCUAUUCCUGACACCUCAUCUUCUCUAAAGAGGAAAACAACCAACACAGAACCUCCAGAAAUGAAGAAAGCCAAAGAUUCAAGUGACCAUCCGCAAACACACUCUUCUGGACUCCCAGCAGAUUUUUUUGGAAAAAAUGAACAAGCAGAAGCAGAAAAACACUAUUGCAAAGCUUCAAGUGGUGGCUUAUUACUUGGAGACUCUGAAGAGGAGGAGGAGGAGGAAGAGGCAGAAGAGACAGCAAAAGAAAUCCAGGACGACAACAGCAAACCUCCUUUGUCAUCCACAGUGGAGCAUACAGCAACACCAGCCCACCCACCCACCACUGCUUUACCAUCAGACUAUUCAGACAAUAAAACUUUAGCUGCACCUUUAGUCUCCCAUUCUGGCUCUAUUCAGAAAGCAGAAAUACAAGAAAAAGUUGUGGAAAGGAAAGAAAACACUGCGGAGGCCUUGCCAGAGGGAUUUUUUGAUGAUCCUGAAGUGGAUGCAAAGGUGAGGAAAGUUGAUGCUCCAAAGGAUCAGAUGGACAAAGAAUGGGAUGAAUUCCAGAAGGCUAUGCGACAAGUCAACACUAUUUCAGAAGCUAUAGUGGCUGAAGAAGAUGAGGAAGGGCGACUCGACCGUCAAAUUGGAGAAAUAGAUGAGCAGAUUGAAUGUUUCCGCCGUGUUGAACAACUGCGUGACCGCCAGGAAGUACUGAAGGAUAAACUGAAGGAAGCCAUGAGACUAAGAGCUGCACAGGUUGAGGAUGGCGACACUGGCAGUGAUGACGAAGGAGAACUGCAUGACCUCCUCUCUCAGGACUGGAGGGCAAAAGGAACAUCGUUGUAGCUGCUAGGAGCCAAUCUCCUGAUGGGUGGUAUUUUGGUCUUCUAACACACUUAGGAUGAAAUAUUUAUUUAAAGAUUCCUGCAGGUAUUAAAACGUGUAAAAAUAUGUUUAUAGGGCUAAGAAUAGAAAAAGCCAUUGUAAAGAGUUGUAUAUUGUAAAAACUUUUUUUAAAAUGUGAUUGUAGCUUUCCUAUUAAGAUCUACAGAAAAUGCUUUAUUUGCUCUCUGAAUCUGGUGUAGCUUCUGUUGUGUCACCUGUGCUGUUUUAAUACCUAUUAAAAGUGUUAGGUCUAGGGAACACAUAGGGAAGUGAGAGCCCAAGCAGUUGGAGCAUGUUGCAG